AUGUGCAGCGACAAUAGGUCUUCGCCUGCGGCCGACGCCGCCCCGGCUCCUUUCCAAGCCAACAACCCUAUCCAAAUUGUCCCUGAUGAGGCGACUCGUCUGGUUCUGAAGCAUUAUGUGCUCACAUUCGCCUCCCAGAGCAUCUCAUCUUCCAGCGCUAGCGUAUCUAGCUCGAUCCUUGAGUACCGUUACGAAAACGGUCGGACUUACCACAAGUACAAGGAUGGCAACUUGCAACACAACCUGUUCCUGUUGACAUUCGAUAACACGCUUGGGCUUGCUCCCCCCUGCCAAAAGGAUUCCUCGGUGAAGCGUGUCCUCGACGUUGGUACCGGCACUGGUAUUUGGGCUAUUGACUUCGGGGAAGAUCACCCGGAUGCUGAGGUCCUCGGCAUGGAUCUUUCGCACUCAAUGCCCGAAUACGUUCCCCCGAACGUCAAGUUCGAGAUUGACGACUUGGAAGAGGAGUGGAUUUAUUCGCGACCGUUCGAUUACAUCCAUAGUCGGAUGAUGAAUUCCUCAAUUAGUGACUGGAAGGUGUAUCUUCAGAAGGCAUUCAACCAUCUCUCCCCUGGCGGCUAUUUCGAGCUACAAGAGCCUGAUCUUAUCCCGCAUUCCGAUGAUGGCACUCUCAAGCCGGAACAUGCGCUGUCGAAGUGUAUUGACCUGAUGCUUGAGGCUGCUGUCAUUUUUGAGCGCCCUUGGAAAGAGAUUUCUACGCUUGCUAGAACCAUGGAAGAGGUUGGGUUCGUUGACGUGAAGAUGCAUGUUUUCAAGUGGCCUUCAAAUGGGUGGCCUAAGGAUCCUAAGUAUAAGGAGUUAGGACUCUGGAACAACGAGAACCUCUGCUCCGGCUUCGAAGGACUGUGCAUGGCACCUUUUACUCGAGCCCACGGCUGGACGAGAGAGGAAGUUCUUGUGUUAAUGGCAGAAGUGCGGAAGGACUUCAGAGACAGAUCUAUUCACGCCUACUGGCCUAUGUAA